AUGAACGGCGGCUGUGGAUUGGCUGGCGGCCGCGAGAGCCCUUUGGCACUGCCGUGCCCGGCCCGGCGCGGUGUAGGGAACUGCCGGGCGGCGAGGGGUGUGAACGGCCGGGCCAUGUCGGCGGCGGAGGGCGGCUGGGACGGCAACCGGCGCGGGGACGGGCCCGGGCCGCCCGGGGGGCUCCUCAACCGCUUCGUGCAGCUGCCGCGCAGGCCCCAGCUCGCAGGUUACAGAGCCCCGCCAGCAAGGAGCGGCCAUCGGUGCGUAGCAGACAAUGCCAACCUGUAUGUGUUUGGAGGGUAUAAUCCAGACUAUGAUGAGUCUGGAGGGCCAGAGAAUGAAGACUACCCACUGUUCAGGGAGCUUUGGCGCUACAACUUUGCCACGGGCACAUGGCAUCAAAUGGGCACAGAAGGCUACAUGCCCAGGGAACUCGCCUCCAUGUCACUUGUAUUGCAUGGUAACAACCUGCUGGUGUUUGGCGGCACUGGGAUCCCGUUCGGUGAGAGUAACGGCAACGACGUUCAUGUCUGCAAUGUGAAGUACAAGCGAUGGGCCCUACUCAGCUGUCGAGGGAAGAAACCGAAUCGCAUAUAUGGACAGGCAAUGGCCAUCAUUAAUGGAUCUCUGUAUGUCUUUGGAGGAACAACUGGCUACAUUUACAGCACGGAUCUCCAUAAAUUAGACCUUAACACCAGGGAAUGGAUACAACUGAAACCAAACAACAUGUCCUGCGACAUGCCGGAGGAGAGGUAUAGACAUGAAAUCGCACAUGAUGGCCAAAGAAUUUAUAUCUUGGGAGGUGGAACUUCCUGGACAGCUUAUUCCUUAGAUAAGAUCCAUGCGUACAACCUUGAAACAAACACCUGGGAGGAAAUUGCAACAAAACCCCAUGAAAAAAUAGGUUUCCCAGCAGCUAGAAGAUGCCACAGUUGUGUACAAAUAAAAAAUGAUGUGUUCGUCUGUGGCGGCUACAAUGGAGAAGUGAUCUUGGGAGACAUCUGGCAGCUGAACUUGCAGACGUUCCAGUGGGUGAAGCUCCCAGCUGUCAUGCCCGAACCAGUCUAUUUUCACUGCGCUGCCGUUACACCAGCUGGCUGCAUGUACGUCCACGGCGGGGUAGUCAACAUCCACGAGAACAAACGGACUGGCUCCUUAUUUAAGAUGUGGCUGGUGGUACCCAGUCUGCUGGAACUGUCAUGGGAAAAGCUGCUGGGCUACUUCCCUCAUCUAGCAAAGUUCUCCAGGUCUCAGCUCUUGCACCUGGGACUCACACAGGGACUCAUCGAGCGGUUGAAAUGAGACCUUGCUUGUUCGCCCUCUGCCCUAGAAACACUAACAGAGAGAGGCCGUUCCCCUCCCCUCUCUAUUUAUGGGUACCACAGAUGAAGACGGGCCAAGAAGACGUGAGGAUGUGCUUGAUGCUUCGCUCGGCAAAUCUCUCGGAUGCCUUGUCUGCAAACUCUUAUUUUAAGUGGAUUGAAACUGGCCUUUUAUUUAUGGAUCUGUGUAAAUCCACCAGGAAUGAAGAUGCUUUUCCCGAUUCAUUUGUCGUGUUGCAGCCACUAGGAUGCUUUUUGCAUAAUGCUUGUAGCCUCGUUGGGGGUGGGGGAGGGGCUUAGGAAACGCCGCGGCUUACGCGCUUACCCAUGGUGUUUUUUAACUUAUUGUUUCUUGAGACAUAUUUAACCAAGCAGAGGACAGGAACCGCUGCAGUGCAACCGCAUCCUGAAGGAACAGUCGCAGUCCGUGCCCUUGGCUUCUGGUGGCAUUCGGCCUCCUAACACCGGAACUGGCCUUGCCUCUGCGAAAUGUCCACCCCCGUCUUCCCCAAAGACUUGCAUGUGUUACAGGCAUGUCCUCAUCCUCUUCUGAGUUCUAGGAGAUGACUGGAGCAUUGCAGUAGAGGCAGGGAACGGAGAUCGUCCACGCUGCUUUUGAACUCCCACAGCUGUUUGUAGUGGCGUUGAGGAAGGGUAAUUGCUCCUUCUCUUUUCAUGUUGAAACAUCAGCUUAGCAGGGAGUGGGGAAGCUAGAGAUUCCUGCUUGUGCAGAUGACUGCAAAGUUCUCUUGGUGGCUGGGAAGGGGUGGUGUGUUCUUAGGAAACUUAACCAUAUGGAUUUUAACACCCAUGUAACCUAAGUGUUUUCCUGCCCUUGGUGGCCAGGACAUGGUCCAGCUGUGCCAACUUUGCAGCAGUUGCCUGUCUUUUCCCCUUCAGCGUUGGAUUUUUCUCUUAGUAGCUUGUCAGUUGCCUGUUUUACUCAGCUGUGGGUUUUUGAUGACCCGCUCCCGUGCAUGUCCAUUUUCUGAAGAGCUGGAAAAUCAGCGCAUCUACCUUCCCGGGAAAUGUAAUGCUGUUUUCAAAAUUGGUGGGGAGAGAUAUUGUUUGUCCUUUGCUGUGAAUCGUGUUUGCCUUCCUCCAAAUUCAGGAAAGGAAGAAACAUUGCUCUUCUGGGUCUCUUGUUCCAACCUCACCGUGAAACCUGGCUCUAGAGAAUGCAAAUGCCCGGCCCUCGAAACUGGAGCACCUGAGUUUGGCGGAUCCUGGGUUUGAACAAAACAAUUUUCGACCAUUUUUAAGUGCCUUUUUAAUUAGCUUUCCCAAAUAACUCCCUGCCACCUGCCCCUUCCCUCCCCCUGUGAGCGGGAUGGGGCGCUUUUAUAUUUUCCUUUUAAGACAUUACUGUAGAGGCAAAGAAAUCAUAGUAGCAAAUUCAUACAGUUGAUCUGCAUCAGGCUCCCAGCUUUGCUCAUUAGGGGUCACUUAUUGCCUGGCAUGUCAGAUGUACCCAGCUCUUUCCCAUGGUCAAUUUUAAAUAUAUAAUAUAGCUUCUUUCCAAGGC